CACUUCUCUUGUGAUCCAGCAGAGAGCGCAAACGUGUUGAAAGAGAAAAUACCCGGGCGCCUGAGCAUAAGGAUGCUCUGUUAGGUGUCGGCUGCAACAUCAGCACCGCUCCUCCCUCUCCUCCUCCUCCUGUCCGCAGCAUCUCUCUCUCUCUCCCUCCUUCAACCGGUUCUGCCACUCAGAGAGAGAGAAAGAGAGAGAGAGAGAGAGAGAGGAGGGAGUGGAAAGACACGCAUGUGUUUUGUUUCGCAACUCCUGCGUUUGACCGACAUUCUUCAGUGAAUCAACACCAGAGAAAAAAACCUGAAGGCCACUUAGAACAGAGACGGGAGAGGGACAACAGGAAAGGAUGGAUCAAAUAAAGAUUGAACAGACCACCAUCUCCCUGAAGAGCUAUCAGCUUUGUUAACUCACAGUCAAUGAAGGAUAAGCAGCGAGUUGACAUGAAAAAGAUUUCAUGAGAUGACAUUUUGUCCCUGGGUUACUCAACCGAAGGGCCAUCAUCACACCGACCCUGAAGAGGAGAGACAGGGAGGGAGGAAGUAUUUGUAAUUCAACAGAUGGCCUCAGCACCCUGCAGGUGUCUUUGAGUGAAUCAGUCAAAAGAAUUGGUCCAACAUGAGCGUCCCAACUGGUUUCAAGGGACUCAGGGUCAAUGUUGACAGAGGAGACAAGAUUGGAAACAAAACCCAGAUCCAGUUCCCCCAGUCCGGGGAUGAUAAUGCCAAUCGAUUGUCUUCGAUUGGUGAUCAAGAAGGAAGAGGACUGAUUGAAGACACAGGGUACAGCACAGGUUCCAUUCCUCCUUUGGUCUCUCAGAGUGAAUCCCCUGACAAGUUAGUGAUCUGGGGCUCCGAGCAGCAGUGCAUGGAGCCUGAGAUAAGAGAGUUUGAGGUUUUGGAGUGUCAGGAGAUACAUACAUUCUUGGGAAACAGGGAUCAGGAGGAUGAGAAUGAGGAGGAAGACGAUGGAGGAAGUGUGAGAGAUGGAAAAGAUGAGGGUCCCAUGUCCAUAUCCUCCAGUUCAACUGCCAGCUCUGUUUCAAUCGGUGUGAGGAGGAAUGACAAUGACAGCAACAAAGUGGAGGGCAGAAUACAGAGGGGCAAAGAGGUGCAGAGAAGGAUUACCUGUCAUAGCACUGAAGAGCUUGACACAUGUGUGACGGGCUCAAUAGAGAAGAGGGACAGCAGGUCAGGCAGGGAGAGGAGGAAGGGAGGUCUAAAGGAGUCAAAGUCUGAGACAAAUGUGUUUGUCUCCAGUUUGUCAGCAGUUUCACUCAGCGGGAGCUUGUCGAGUGCUCUGGAUACCAGUGGAGAGGCUCAGUGUCCCAUCUCUCUGUCCAACUCCAAGACCCCUAACCCUUAUCCAAAUGCCAACAACACUACCUCAGCCCAGACCAAGAGAAGGGCAGUCCCUGUGGAUGCCAACCAGAACUCUGCAUCGUCGCAUCCUCAGGAGACACAUGACCGUUCUCAAUUCUGCAGCCAGGAUCAGAGACAAGGGGAAGGAAGCCAUCACAGAAAUGGAUUGUCCGCUGAUGUGGGGCUGGGCCAAAGGAGGAAGGCUGGAUUUGAGGAGAGGGUCCUGCCACCACGACGGCAACAGCUCGUCAGACCCCUCUGUCAGACUGAGAUGGGAAGAUCAAGGAGCAUAGCAGAGCCCAGUGUACAUCAAGCUUCCCCCAGUCACUCUCCAGAUUCAUACAGCAAUGGGUCAAACAGAAAGUUUACAAAAUCAUCUUUACGUGAACCAUCAGAUUUCUCCCACCUGUACAACACAUGUGCAAUCUCCCAGCCCAGACAGCCCAACCCGGCAGCCCAGGGGGAUGCCCCACCUGUGGAAAGACAGCCAGCUACAGCCCCUCGGCACAGUUCCAGUCCCCCCAACCCUCCCACGUUAGAGAAGAGACCCCAGACUCAGCUCACAUACAGACGGAAUUGCUCCAGUCCCAAUAGGACUGGGGUUCAAUCCAGGUCAUCUACCCCUCCCCACUCCCCUCUCAGGACACCCCAGGGCUCACCACGCAGGCAACCCUCCAUGUACCUCGUCUCUAGGAAUGUCUCGGGAGUGGUUAGACACGUCUCAUCAGGAUGCAACCCUGCUGUAACAACGUCAGCUCAGGGCUAUGGCAACAGUUGCUUGAGAGCACCAGUCAAAACUAAUAUAAGCACAAGUGGAAUCCCCAAAGCGCCUCUUAACAACCAGCAGAGCUCCCCCCACUCCAACCACAACUCCAGCCCCAAAGACAGCUCCCCAUCACCUAAACUUAAACCUAAAGGAGUUCGCCCUAAAAUCAUUACCUAUGUCCGAAAGAAUCCUCAGUUUAAGCCCCAAGCUGCUGACGGACCUUAUCAGGUAUCCUCUCUACCAUCCAGGCUCUCAACGUACACACACGGCCAAGCACCUGCUUCCUUCAAAGGCACCACUAAAGACCCCUCCAAGCCCGACGCAGAAACCAGAGGAGCCCCAGCACUCAUUGCCUCCAAUCUGCUCUAUGACAAGUACCGCCAAGAGAUGCAGACAAACAUCUACCCAUCAGGUGUACUGAGCAGGAGUAUCAGGCCCCCUGGACACACAAACACUGUCCCCCCUGCACACACACACGCCACCCCUCAUGCACACACACACAGCCAUACAGCACCGCCGAAACUGGGCAGCAAAGCAGACAACUUCUACGGGACACAGUCAGAAGUGGGAAGAUCUACCAGUUUUAAAAGCAAUUCUGCUGAGGAAACGCUGCAGCCGCGGACGGCUGCUCAGGCCGGAGGGAGCGGCAGUGUCCUGCGCUCUGGCAGAGGUCUGCGCUUGGGCCUGGGAGCUGUCAGGACAGCUACUGGUGCAGCAGCUAAGGGCAGAGGACCUGGUCAAGGUCAGAAGUCAACACUGGUCUUCACCCAGCCAGUCCAACCUGUCAGCCCAGCGACUAAUCAGAAAAGCCAAGAUAACACAGAUGACCAGGUAUUCACCCAACACGCGCCUCCCCCCGCCCCCGCGAUGACAGCGACGGCCCAGCCCCAGCCUGCGGCCUCCAGGUCUUUGCUCCCCAAAGCGAGCCAGUCAGGCCUGCGCCCCCCAGGCUUCAGCUCCAGCCGCCUCCCCGCGGGCCGCCUGGCAGCCUUCGGCUUUGUCAGGAGCUCCAGCGUCUCUUCGGUCUCCUCAGCUCACUCAGCUGACAGCACACAGAGUGACCCAUGCAGGACAGCUCACCGUCUGAGUGUGAGUGAGGAGCCUCCUCUUCACAGAGUGACCACCAGCCCGCCGUCAACAGAUCACCAGAGAGGGGCACCAUGCCGCAGCAACAGUCUUCAGCCGCCCUCAACCCCAGCUCUGCCUCGGCGCUACCUGCCUCCCCAGCCAAGGAGCUCCCCUGGAGUCGGCAGGAAGGAGUUUCAGCGGAGUUCAGAGGUCACACGAUCCCUCCCGUCCUCCCCGAAGAGGCUGGCGGUGGUUCCUCCUAAACCUCAGUCCCCUGUCCAGUCUGGGCAGCGGCUCACAGCAGCAGUGCGGGGGUCAGCUCCCCCGGGGUCCCCUCGCCGGGUGGCCCCCCUGAAGCUGCAGCAAGAGCAGCAGGAAAGCCUGCAGAGAGAGAAAGAGGAGGCUCAGCAGAAAGAGAGAGAAAGGCAAGCAGAGGAGAGAGAAAAGGAGGAGCAAAGAGAGGAGGUUCAGAGGCUGCAGGGACGCUGUGAACAGCAGGAGAGGCAGCUUAGAGCUCUUAGAGAAGAACUGAGGAAGACUUCCUUAGGUCUAGAGGCCUUCAUCAUCACCACUCAGCACUACUGCCUCAAGAAUAAAACCACAGAAGAAAAUGAAAGGAAAUUGUCCAUGGAAAUACAAAAGAUCAGAGAGGAAAUGGCAUCUAACUCAGUGCGAUGGGAGAGACUCCAGCGGGAAAAGACAGCGCUGGAGGUGGCGUUUGAGCGAGAGCUGCAGGAGCUGCAGCUGCAGCAGGAGGCAGAGCUGGCUGCCGUGGAGGAGGGGCUCAGAAAGUGUCACUCAGCAGAGACCGAGCACCUGAAGGCGGAGCAUCGGUCAGAGAUGGAGGAGCUUAGAACUCAGCAACAGGAACAGAUGGAGGAGAUUACAGUCAACCACCAGGCAGCCAUUCAGGAGCUCAGAGGCAUGCAUAACAUCACCAUGGCAACACUGCAUGAGGAGCACGCCCGUACCAUGAGAGACUUAAGGAAAGCUCAUGAGCAACAGAAAAUACUUCUAGAGGAGGAUUUUGAGAAACUCAGGCUUUCUCUACAGGAUCAAGUGGACACUCUCACAUUUCAAAACCAGAGCCUGAGGGACAAAGCCAAACGAUUUGAGGAGGCUUUGAGGAGGAGUACAGACGAACAGAUAGUUGAUGCUUUAGCACCAUACCAGCACAUUGAGCAAGAUCUGAAGAGCCUGAAGGAAGUUGUAGAAAUGAAGAACCAGCAGAUACACCAGCAAGAGAAGAAGAUCUCUGACCUGGAGAAAGUGCAGGCCCAAAAGAACGUGUUCCUCGAGGAGAGGGUCCAAGUUCUGCAGCAGCAGAAUGAAGAUCUGAAAACUCGUAUUGACAUGAACCUAGCCCUGUCCAGGCAACUAUCAGAGGAGAACGCCAACCUCCAGGAGUCUGUCGAGAAGGAGAGCACUGAGAAGAAGCGCCUUAGUCGCAACAAUGAGGAGCUGCUGUGGCGUCUCCAGACCAGUCCCCUCAUGUCCCCCGCCUCCUCCCCACUGCACCGCUCCUUCUCUACCUCCCCUGUUCCCUCAUCCCCAUUCUUCUCCUCCUCACCUGUGGCAUUGUGCGACUCCCCCACUCACUGCCACAGCUGUCCCCAUCAAGUUCAGUACUCCUCCCCCUCCCACAGAGCCACCACCCAUCAAAAUUUCUCCCCAGGACCGGCUACACCCACUCAUAGGGCAGCAAGCAAUCAGAAUUACUCCCCUGGCCCAGCCACGCCCACACACAGAGCGUCAGCCAUCCGCUGUAACUCAACCGCUAGUCUCAACUCCUUACAGAGAUAAGCUCACAUCCCUCUCUCUCCAUUUUCUGACCUGGAUCAUUUUCUUUCAUUUCCUCCUCCUCUUACUCCCUCUUUUGAAUGAGAAUGGAUUUGAAGGGCAUGUCAAUGUGCAUGAAUGAGUGUGGUCUCAAGUGGACAGACGGUACACGGAUAUAACACAGAUGAUACUGACUCCAACUCAGUUUUUUGUCCUAACCUGUAUUUAUAAAGGGUCUUGAAACAUAGACUGUAUAUAUUGUAUCAUAGUGACACAUGGCGUGUCAACAUGUAGUUAAACCUCCCCUGCAUGGGUAGUCCCACAGACACAAACAGACAGAAAGUAGCACACUCCUGUCACCAGAACACAAUACUCUGGUGUGUUAAAAACAUGGCCAUGUCCUUGAUAAAAUAAGCUAUAUCCUCUCACUGGGAUUAGUUUAUCACAGUCAGUUCUGUUUCAAAUGAAAUUUUGAGUCAUGAACUGAAUCAGCUUUUGGCUGAAAUGUUUUUUUGUUUAGUUUUUCAUCUGGAAAAAUCCCCAACAAAGCGCCUUAUAUUUGGUCCUGCCAUCUCACCAGCAGGGAACGACCAACACUUUAUUUCAUAAAGGACUUUGCAUAAAGAAUUAGUUUGUAAAUCAGAGCAAAUUGUGUUUCUCAGCCUCCCUAAGGUGCAUUUAACAUUUUGUAAUUAGUUCAGUGCUGAUACUUUAUGUGGGACAACCGUCCCUGGAACCCCAGCCAUUUUACCUGAAAAAUACAGAGGACUUUAUGUUCAAAGUCUUUUAAAACCUUGCCAGGUCUUCCUAUGGCGUCUCACCACAUGAGCUACUCUUCACUUUCGGGAUCCCUCAGGUCAACUUGCAAAAACUAUGUCUGCCAUUUUAUAUUUACCUCAGCGGGAUUGUGCAGUCUGUUGUGUCUCAACAGCAACAGCAACAACAACAUCAACUACAACACCAACACACAGCUACCAGGGAGCUCAGAGCUAAAGGGGAAACCUAGCACAGGAAUCACUGAUUUAAAGAUUGUUGUGGAUUUCUUCAUAAUGUGAUGUUUAUCUAAUUAAUUUGUUACAUGUAUUUUGCUACUUAAGCAAGCAUGUACUGUGAAGGUCUUCCAGUCUUAACGUGAAACUUAUUAUUGCUGUGAUCCGUCUUAUUUAUUAAGCUUGAGGUGUGAAGGAAAUGAAUGGUGUUUGUAACUUUGAAGAUAUCACCCUUGGGACACAAAUGAAAUAUGUGAUGUACUCCAGAAGAUGUACUGCAGAUUUCUUUUGACUUGUUGUCAUCACAUUCAUAGGUGGAGUUCAGGGGACUGUCUUAUGAUAUGAGUCUAUAAGCUAUGUAGAUUUUUUAAAAAAUACCCUCUGUUUACCUCUUUGUGACGUAAUAGAUUAGUGUAGCCCUUUCUGAACCUGUGUUGACCUCCUCAUAACCUCUGGUUAACCCCUUCCAGUUUGUUUAUCUGAAUGACACUUUUUAUUCUUUAUUACGUUCUAAACCUUUUUUUUUUUUUUUUUUUUUUUUUUGCAAUCUACACUGAAUUCUCAGUGUACAAGAAUAUAUUGUUCAGGGAAUUAUUUUCUAAAUUUAGAUUAGAAAUACUUUCAAUUUUCUUUUGUAUAGCUUCUCUACAAAACAUUAUACACAAAUAUUUCCCAAGAUACUUUUUCCACUUAUAUAAAAUACAAUAGAGAAACCAACCUUUGGUGUAUAAAUGAGAAUUAUUUUAUAGCAUUCAGUGUGUCAUAGCUGCCUCCUGUGCUGUACUCUACUGACUAACUUACCCUCAGGGUCCUAAUCUUUCAUCUGGCUUUGAAUAAGUCAACACUGAAAACCAUGAUAUUAUACAGUGUAAGGUCAGUGAUUUACUUGCACAUUAACAAACUAAGCUAACGCAAUUCAGACCACACAUGGAAAUGAGCUGCCGUAAAUAAACAAAGCUGAGGGUAAGUCUGUGUUAGCUGCAGACAGUCACAGCAAAACUGCUAAAGGGAGCAUGGGUUAGCAUCAGCAACUAAUGUAAUGUAAUGUUAAAAUGUAGGUAGAUGCAUGGGAGGGGGGCAGUAUUGAGGUCCACCACAGGGCCUUGAAACUCCAUGCAGUGCCCCUCGUCACUUUUUCUGUUAAGUUACAGGUUGAGUAAAUGUAAAUUUUUACCAGCAUGUAAAGGAUGAUGUUUCUGGGUUGCCAGUUUUUAAGUAAUAGACUUUUAAGUAGAUAUCUAAUUGCUAUACCAGCACUUUGACGGUCAUGAAAAAGUGAAAAAAAAAAAAAAGAUUCUUUUCAUGGAUCUUCAAAUUUUUUGUAUGAUAAACAUACACAGGGUUAAAAUGCUCUUAAACAAAAGAAUGUCAAGAACAGAAAAGGAUUUGAGAAAUAUAUCUCAAUUCUCACCGAUUUUAUACCGACACUGACGAUUUUGAGAAUGUCUUUGCAUAAUAAGCAAUUGUAAGAAUAUACCAGUCAGAAAGUCACUGUGUUUUCAAAUGUUUAGGAUUGCAGUUCACCUAAGUCAAUGAAUGAUUCUUCAGGGUCCUCCUAAAGGUCACUUCAGGUGCAAAAAAUACAGUCUACAAGGAUGCAACAAUAACUACUGUUUACAAAUGACAACAUAAAGUUACAGAUUUCAUCUUAAAUUAAUAUUUCACCUUUGAAUGGACUAUAAUUUCUAAACAAUGAACUGGUAUUGUAAUGACCCCUCAUUGUGUCCUGUGGACAUCUGUGUCUCACUAUGCGCUGAAUGUCAAAAAUGUAAUGACUGCAUUUUAUACAAGUGAUUCAUGUGAUUUUGUUUAAUAUAGAAGGGCCUCUUGUCUGACCACUAUGUAGCAGCCAUUUAAUAUGUAGCACUUGGUUGAGCCUCCCCUCAAGAAACAUAGGUAAUUUAUUACACAUUCAAAUGUCCAUGUUGAUAUUAAAUGCUGUUGUAGCAAAAGUUUCCAUGGCUUGUCAACUUUCAGCACUAGAAUUUGAAUUUUGUGGAGGUAAGCUAUACUAUUACCCCUUGUGGAUCUGCUCCAGUUUACUGAAUUUGUUCUGGCACUGAUUGUAUGUUUGAAUGUAAAUACAUUUACAACAUGAGUUGUGUCUUAGUGCACCAACAAAGUAAUAGAAGCAUGUUUUUUCUGUCUUUGCUGUUUCUUGCUCUCCCUUUCUCUUCUUUCACCUCUCUGCAUUUGUGAUGGUCAAAAUGUAACUGUAGCGUAUGGUAGGAGGCCUAGAGGAUGAGGAAUGAGAUAGUUCAACAUGUAACGUAUACACAGUAUGUUGAUGACUUUAUUUGUACUUUUUGGGGAGAAUACAGUAUUAAAAUAUUUAAGAAAAGUCAUGGGAUGUUCAUGUUUCAUUUAAGGAUAAGUCCUGCUCUCUAUUCUCUUGUUCACUUGUGUUUAUCUGCAACAUGUUUUUAAAAUACAAUUGUGUAUUAUGGUCAAGUCUCAGCUGAUAUUUUUAUAUUCCUUUGUUCAACUAAUCGUCGUCUUCUUUUUCCAUUCACACAUGCCCGGCAAUAAUAUUCAACUUAAAGACUCUGACUAGGGUGCUAAGAGUUAGCUUUUUGGAUAGCUAUACUGUGAAUACUGACUCACACUUAACCAAACUAUAGCCCUAAUUUUUGAAACCAUAACUUACUCUACCAACACAUGAAUUACUUGACUGUUAAAAAGAUUCAGUGGAUCAAUAAAAAAUAUUUAAAAAUCCAAA